AUGUGCACUCCUGUUGAAUUUACUGUUACCACAAAAGAUCGCCCAUUAAUGAUAAUAGAUGGUUACUGUUAUAUACAAGAUCGUCGAACCGACGACAAAACCUAUUGGCGUUGUGAAAAUCAUAAAACUUUUAAUUGCCAUUAUCGGAUACACACAUGUAAUUCUACUAUUACUUCAACACAUGUGAAAAUAUUGAAACAAAAUGGUAAUCAUACAACAAGCUGUAGUCGUGAUCAAAUUAAAAUAUCACUUAGAAAAUUUCGUGAAAAUAUUGUCGAUCGCACAUAUAAUACUCAAGAAUCAACAGAUAGAGUUUUGUCACAUUGUGUAUCACAAUUAUCUGAUGCAGCACGUAUACGAUUACCACCAUUAGAUCAUGUUAAACGAACAAUUCAAAAACAACGAAAAAAAAAUGACUUACCACAAGUACCAAAUGAUGUUAAUUUUCUUAAUAUUCCUACGGUUUUACAAAUAACAAAACGAAACGACAUUUUUUUACGCAUUGAUACAGAACCAGAAUUUGCACCAGCAUGGAACCCACAAAAUCUAAUGAUAGAUUUCGAAAAGGCAGUUAUGAAUGUUUUUUCAACUAGUUUUCCACAAGCGUCUUUAUCUGGAUGUUAUUUCCAUUUACGACAAAGUAUACAUCGACAAUUGCAGGCUCAAGGCUUGCAAAAGCAAUAUGAAGAUGAUAUUGAUUUUGCCCAUGGUAUUCAUAAGAUUGCAGCAUUAGCUUUUAUUCAUCCAGAUGAAGUUACUGAUGCAUUUACACAACUUAGUACUCAUCUCGGUGAUACAUUUCAAAGCAUGUUAGAUUAUUUCGAGGACAACUAUAUCGGCAGAAUUCGUGCUAAUGGCUCACGUACACGACCAUUAUUUGCUGCUGAAUUUUGGAACGUUCAUGAACGAACGAAAAAUCUACAAAUGAGAACAAACAAUUCAGCAGAGGCGUGGAAUAGACGCAUCAAAUGUGUUUUUCAAUGUUCACAUCCAACUUUAUGGAAGUUUAUCGAUAAAUUAAUAUUAGAAGAAGAUUCACACAUUCAUACGAAGAUCUGUCGAGUUAAUGCUGGUGAACCAAUUGCUAAAAAGAAAAAAUACCAAUACCUCGAUAAACGUUUGCACAAUCUAGUUACAAAUCCUUAUCAAGAUAUUAUCAAUCAAAUUACUGCUCUAGCUCACAAUAUUGUUCUUUAG